GAAGAAAGAACAAGUCGAGAAGACACAGAUUCUUGAGUCGCUAAAUCGUUGAGAAACUUCUAAAUACAACACAAAAGAAUUUUAUCUACAAAAAUGAAUUUUAUGAUUAUUGCAAUCCUUCUCAUUGGAGCAGCCAGCAUGAGCUCCCAGAAACCAAUUGUUGACAACACUGCUGAUGAAAUUGUUCUCUUUAACCCAGAAGAAGCCUCUGAUGAUCUUGAACCAGCUGAAAAUCACAUCUUCAUGCCAUAUUUUCGCUACAGAGAACGCAGUGCAUUGAGACGUCGAGGUCGUGAGGCCACAGCUAAAGAUUUUGCUGCUAAACUUCCUCAAAUUCCACAAAAUGAUCAAGAUCUAAAAACAGCUGAAGACAUUGUUUUCGAACCAUAUUUCCGUGAUGAGGUACUUGAAAAAGAACGGGAGGAAAAGCAUGAAGCUCAUGAACAUGAAGAGGCAAUUGAAGCAGAGAAAACCCAAAAAGCAUCACGGAGGGAGGAUUUCAGAGAGGAACGUCCUGAAGUUGUUAGUGAACCAUCUGAAAUCGUUGAGGAUGAUGAUGAUGAUGAUGACGAUGAUUAUGAGGAUGAUGCAGUUGAGAAUGCUGAAAGUCGCUACUUCAGACCAAUCUUCCGCUACCAAAAACUCUCCUUGAGACGUGUUGCUCGUGAUGUUCAGCAUAAUGAAUCUCCAGUAGCUGUCGCUCCAGUUGAAACAAUCAGAAGGAAGCGAUCUGCCGAUGACUUGGAUGAUCUUGAAACUGCUGAAAUCCACGUCUUCAGGCCCCUUUUCCGCUACCAACAACAAACUGCCCUCAGACGCCAUGUAAGGAAUCAACGGAAGAAUCAGCUAAACAACAGAAUUAUUGCAAUCCUUCUCAUUGGAGCAGCCAGCAUGAGCUCCCAGAAACCAAUUGUUGACAACACUGCUGAUGAAAUUGUUCUCCUUAACCCAGAAGAAGCCUCUGAUGAUCUUGAUGUCGCAGAGAAUAAUAUCAUCAUGCCAUAUUUCCGCAAAGCAUUCAGACACAGAGGCCGCCAAAUCCGCGAGUACUCAACUCCUGAAGACUUUGCUGCUGAACUUCCUCAAAUUCCUGAAGAAGAAGCUUCUGAUGAUCUUGAGCCUGCUGAGAAUAACAUCAUCAUGCCAUAUUUCCGCAAGGCAUUCAGACAUCGCGGCCGCCUGAUUCGCCAAGCCACUCCUGAAGAUUAUGUUGCUGAACUUCCCCAAAUUCCCCAAGAAGAAGACGAAGCUUCUGAUGAUCUCGAACCAGCUGAGAACCACAUCUUCAUGCCAUAUUUCCGCUACAGGGAGCGCAAGGCAUUCAGACGUCGUGCUCGCCAGGCUGCUGCUGAAUCAUUUGUCAGCCACAGGAGGAGCACCCGAUCCGUUGACAGUGAUAUCUCUGGUGGCGAUGAUGAUCUUGCAGUAGCAGAAAAUCACAUCUUCCUUCCUGUCUUCCGCUACAAAUCCCGUGCAGCCUACAGGCAGCCGGAAAUAUGGCAUGAAGAUGUGGUUCUCAGCUGGUUCAAGAUCAUCAGAAGCUUCGUCUUCUUCUUGGGGAAUUUGGGGAAGUUCAGCAACAUAAUCUUCAGGAGUGGCUUGGCGAAUCAGGCGGCCGCGAUGUCUGAAUGCCUUGCGGAAAUAUGGCAUGAUGAUGUUAUUCUCAGCAGGCUCAAGAUCAUCAGAAGCUUCUUCUUCAGGAAUUUGAGGAAGUUCAGCAGCAAAUUGUUCAGGAGUUGCUUCGCGGAUUUGGCGACCGUGAUGAUGUCUGAAUGCUUUGCGGAAAUAUGGCAUGAUGAUGUUAUUCUCUGCGACAUCAAGAUCAUCAGAGGCUUCUUCUGGGUUAAGGAGAACAAUUUCAUCAGCAGUGUUGUCAACAAUUGGUUUCUGGGAGCUCAUGCUGGCUGCUCCAAUGAGAAGGAUUGCAAUAAUCUUUGUUGCUAUGAUUUCGUUGCUGUUGAAUGGUUUGGAUUUUUUGUGAGGUUAGUUUUGUACAAACUGUCCAGGAAGUUGUUGUGGUGCGCAAUGAAAAAGCACGGUUUGAGACUCCCUGGCCCACUGUCUUACGUGAGAAUCCAGAAUUUCUCCAAAUCUGGAUUGCUAUUUUAUAUAAAAUGCCUCCACAAAAUUCUUGCUCAUGAACGGAGCAUUUUAUUUUCUUUCCGGAAAAAGAACAGAAAAUUGGAGGGAAAAUUGAAGUUAUUGAAGCAGAAGGAAACACCUCCUGUGGAGGAAGAAGUUGAGGAUCCUCUGAAGUUUGUGCAGGAAAUCAAAUCAGUUGCUGAGGAAGCUCAGCGGGUUGCUGGGUUUGUGUAUGAACCCGUUUCGGGGCUCUACUAUGACAGCAAGACUGGAUACUACUACAAUGCUGAACUCCGGCUGUACUAUGAUGGAAAUACGGGCAUUUACUACUCAUACGAUGCAGGAACAAAUCAAUUCCUCUAUCACUCCCAGGUUUAUUCGGAAGGGAAGGAGAAACCUGUGUCGCUAAUUGCUGAGGUGUCUGGGGAGAAAAAAGAAACUCAGAAUUCGAGGAAGUGGCAAAAGAAGAGGAGGAAAUCCGUUGAGAAGGCCGAGAAGCGGGCAAAAGAGGCAGAAAUGGAGGAUGGCGAAGUGCUAUCCUCCGAUGAGUCAGAAGAGGAAGAAGUGAAGCAGGAGAAACUCUCAGGCGAUGCCAUUCGAUACGCCCCAUCGCUCCGGAUGAUUGUUCAGCAGAGUGCAGUUGAACAUCUCGCACCUGGAACCCUUUUUGUGCUCACCUGCAAAGGGGGCACCCUCGGCCGUGAGGGCACACAUGAUAUUUUAAUCCGUGAUGUGAAUGUCUCCAAGUAUCACCUGAAAUUUGUCUACGAUGAGGCAAAGAGCAGCUAUCAGAUCAUCGAUUUGGGCUCCACAAAUGGUACAAUUCUCAAUGGGCAGCGAAUGACAACGUCCAAGAGGGAGAGUGAAGCUGUUGAUCUCACUCAUGACAGCAUUAUUGAGCUCUCGGGCACACGUCUACUGUGUCAUGUUCACGGAGGAACUGAGACAUGCGAUGAUUGCCAUCCGGGACUUAUUAAAUCCACCCAGAAGAUCCACACAAGCACAGAUGAUCCUGCCAAAGGUCAAUCCCUUGAAAAAUCCCGCCUGCAAAUUCAGAAGCGACUACAGAAAAAAUAUGGUCUGGCUACGGAGAAGUACCAGGAAGCAAAGACCUUUGCCGAUGAGGCAUACGUGGAUCGUGCAGCAACACGCAGGGAAACUGUUGGGAGUUCCCAUGAUAGUGAGAAGACCGAGGUUGCUUCCACAGAAUGGGCAAUCUCACGGAAAAACAAAGGAUUCAAGCUUCUCUCCCAAAUGGGCUGGACAGAGGGGCAGAGUCUAGGAAACACCGAAGAAGCCCUCAAGGAACCCAUUCAAGUUGUUGGUCAUCAAGGUACCACAGGACUCGGUUACGGUAGCUGA